UGUACAUUGACGUGGUGUGACAUGGGCUCCGGAGGCAGAUAACGGGUCCUGUCUGCCUACAAAACAACAAAUCGGCGUUUUUUCUCAUUUUGAUGCUCGUAUACGGUUUUCAGUGUGUGUAGUGUUUGCUUCACCGGCAGGGCUGCGUUGAUCCCUAUCUGCUGAGCCCGACCCACCUCUCGUCCAUCGUCGCUGAUGGGAGCUCAGUAGCUAGCUAACUUGGCGAUGAAGAUGAUGAUGGUGGUGAUGAUGAUGAUGAUGAUGCAUCGGAGGAUUUAUCCCGGUGUCUCUGGCUGAGAUGGAGCCUAGCUAGCGAGCUAACGGAGCCCGCCGGGGAUCCUGUUUGCCCGAGCAGCCGCGGAUAACGUCAGCUAAAUGGGCUCAUCUGCGCUUUUAUCGCGUUAUUAUCCCACGUUUCCACCUCUGUCCCCUGUUUGAUUUGAUAAGAGACACUGACCAUGUUAACGAUAGCUGCUAACUUAACCGUGUAGGUUAGCCACACGUGACUCCGUUUAUAUCGCUCCCACAAUUAGCUUCAUCUCUCCGGCCGUCCGCGGAUGCUUCAGUGACAUUAACGGACGGUGUGUAUCAGGAUGGCACAGCUCUUGGACGGGGCCAGCAAACUGGGCUGGAUUCUGCUCAAGUCUGUGACCCGUUUCGUGUUUAUGUUCUUCAACAACUGUGUAGCCAUCCCAUCCUACUGCAUGUACCUGAUCCUGCUUCAACCGCUGAGAAUAUGGGACAGCUCCACUUUCUGGCACAUUGAAGGAGUCAUGUUUAAAUGGUUGCUGGCCAUGGUUUCAUCAUGGGGCUGGAUCGCAGGUUAUACAGUAACGGAGUGGGGUGACGACGUGCGGCCCUUCUCUGAAGACGAAGCCAUGGUCAUCGUCAACCAUCAAUCCACAGGAGACGUGUGUACCCUCAUGAUGUGCCUGCAAAACAAGGGCACGGUGGUACGAAAAAUGAUGUGGUUGAUGGACCAUGUGUUCAAAUACACCAACUUUGGCCUAGUGUCCCUGAUCCACGGGGACUUCUUCAUCAGACAAGGUAAAGCUCACAGGGACAAGCAGCUGUUCUACCUAAAAGAUCACCUAGACAAAUACUACCACAGCCGCGACAGGAAGUGGAUAGUGCUGUUCCCCGAAGGCGGCUUCCUGCGCAAGCGGAGGGAAACCAGCCAAACGUUCGCCAAGAAGAAUUCCCUCCCCCACCUGAUCCACGUCACGUUGCCUCGUCUCGGGGCCACCCACGUCAUCCUGAAAACCCUGUCAGCCCAGCAGGAGAACGGCAGCGUGGGCAGCGAGAGUGGGACCCAGAACCAGACAGGUAUCAAGCGUAGAGGCCUGCAGUGGGUAAUAGAUGUGACCAUAGCUUACCCCAAAGCAAAGCCUAUGGACAUCCAGACGUGGAUCUUUGGCUACAGGCCUCCCACAGUCACACAUGUACACUACAGGAUGUACCCUAUAAAAGAGGUUCCUGUGGAGGCAGAGGUUCUGACUGACUGGCUGUAUCAGAGGUUUGUGGAGAAAGAAGAGUUGCUGGCCCACUUCUACGACACAGGAGCAUUCCCUCCUCCAGAAGGACAGAAGGAAGAGGUUCCUCGACCGAUGACCCUUGACCCCGUGUGGCUGUGCAUGAUCCAGUUGAUUGCUUUCGUCUCCGGCUUCGUGUGGUUAAUCGUCCUCCAGUACCUCUACUGCUGUUUAUAUUGAGUGCACUGAUGAGGCGAGAGUCUUUUAUCGGACCAUCGGAAAUGCCUCAGGAUCAGUUGGUGUGUGGCCCAGCGUCAUACUUGCCCCUCAACCUCCCCCCCAAGACCCUCCCCAACACCCCCCGAUGGAUGAAUGUACAUUUGCAAAAGUGGAGAGACUUAACAGGAAACAAAAAAAAAAACAAAAACAAAAAGACAUGUACACGAACACACAAACUAAAAAACACUCAUACAAUACUAAAACUGGUCACACACAUAGUAAACUUGCACACGACCCUAAUGCCACACACUCGCUCCAAAAGACCUAGCAGAUUAAUCUCUCACACUUCGUCACGCCUCAUAUUUUGAUGUUUACACGUCCUCAUACACGCUCACACGUACAUAACUUUUUAUUCAAAGUUGACAAAAAUGAGGCUCAGGACUCCUCCAGAGGACGCUCUGGACCGGACUAUCUCUCUCUCUUUCUCUCUCUCUCUCUGUCCCCCCUCCUAGGCUUCAGCCGUAGUAGUUUUACAGAGUCUAACGAGUGUACGGACGUGUGUUUGAGUGAAUACAUGUGACUAGGAGCAUAAUGUCUGCCCUUAUUCUUCUUCCUGUCGAGAGUUGAUGAUGCCCACUGGACCUCUUUCAGCCUGCUGAUGAGCCGGCUGGCCACACCUUCCAGAGGGAGCGGGCGCAUGAACGUUGUGGCGCCGCAGCCGGCCGCUCCUCUGGCCUUCAUUGCACUAAGGAUCCAUACUGCCCUAACUGCCCCCUGCCCCAGGAAAUAUUCCUGAACGGUAGCUGUUAAUGUUUUGAUUUUUUUUUUGUUUUCUCCCCCUUGAUCCCGCAUAUCUCCACAACAACGGCCAUCGUAUUUGUUGAUGUCUUUUUGUUGUCGUUGGGACUUCUUUUUUUUUUCUCUUUUUUUUCUCCUGUGGCCGCCCGUCUGUCGAGACAGUAUUCUGAGAUAUGGGGGGGGGGGAAUCAUGUUUACACUGGCGAACCUGCUGAAAGCCUAAAGGGAUGGCGGAUAUGAUGCAGCGCUUGAUUAUGGACCGUUACUGUGUCAGACGUAAACGGAGGAAUAGGAAAUAACGUUUUAAAAAGACAAAAACAUUGGCAGCGAGAGUUACAGUCUGAUCAACCUAAAAAAGUAACUCCUUCUAUGUGGAUUUUACCCUUUUUCACCCACUCCUCUCCAACAUGCAUAUACACACACAAAUACACAUGGGCACACACAUCCAUGUGCAGCUACACACUGCAGAGAAAACGUCUGUCUCGAGGAUCAUCUCAGCAAGCCAGACUGAGAAGGCAGAGACUCUUGUUCCCCCCAUUGGACUACAUAGUUUUACAAAUAUUUAAGCCAUAUGCUUAGUGUUGUUGAGGUGGGAAAAAAACAUGGAAAAAAAUAUGAUUUUUUUUUUUUCUUUUUUAUAGAAAGCUACCCUAAUGUUCAGCAUUCUAAAAUAGAGAUUUUGGCUUACAGAACUAUAGGUAUCAUUACUGUAAAUUUACAGCAUAACCUGCCUAAGUGAGUGUUUGUGGUUGUCUUUCUCCCCCAUUUUUGAUAAAUAUGAUUCAUGUCGUGUUGCUCUGUGAUGUCAGAGUGUGGAGGCAAUUCACCACAGGUGGUCAAAUUUUAUUUCAUUUUAAAUUACUUAAAACUGUCGUCCUCAUGUCAUGGUAUGUUUAAUCUUGUACAUAACGAAGCUGAGGAAGAGUUUUCAUUGUUGGAAACGAAAUGACUGCAGCGUCCUUUCUCUCUCUCUCUCUCUCACUCUCCCUCUCUUUCUCUCUCUCACUCUCCCUCUCUCUCUCUCUCUCGGUCCGUGAUAAUUUCAGAGAAUUUUAGUUAAAAUAUCAUGAAUGGUUUUUUUAAAGAAGAAAAAGAAGAAGAUGAAGAAGAAAGCACUUCUCAGUGUUACCCUGAUUUUUAUUUUUUUUUCUUUUGAAUUCCUGAGCAGGAAGUGUGCUUUAUAACAUUAAACCUACAUCCAUGGUGCUGGCAGCCACAUGGGCCCAGUUUCAAACUUGUACCAUUAAGAUCUGGUGGGGAAACCUCAAAUGUCAGACCUUAGCUGAUAUCUUGUUAGACCACAUGCCCUGAUAGCGCUGUCCCUCUUAACAAACAUGUAGCGUGUUUGUUGUAAGGUACAGUACGUAGACAGUUUCAAGACGUCAAGCUGAAAUUGGGCCGGCGAAGGAAGGCAUCACUUUUCACUAAGGAGGGAAAAUCUGGUUGGGCCGUGCAAUGACGCAGCUGUUCUCUCUCAAAUGUUCUUGUGUUGUGGUUUUUGAGGUCAAUUAUAUGUAAUUUGCUUAGCCUGCUUUUAGGAAAAUGAUAGAGGUGCAGCAAUUACCAUUGUCAUAAACUAAUGCAUAAAAAGGUGCAUUUAAGUAGUUACUGCCCUCCCUCUGUGCCACUGUUGGUAGAAACUGUGUGUGAAAUGCAGAAAAAAAGAAGGAAAAAAAGGGCUACCUGAGUGGGUAGGUAAAAACAUUUUAAAUCAGGCUAUAAAUUUGUUUCAUCCAGAGGCCCUUUCAGAUUCCCCUCCAUCGUGAGAGUGACUUGAAAUGAAACUUCAUGUUUUUAUUUGGGGUUUUUUUUGUGUUAUUUUGACCAUGUUUCCAAAGAAGGCAGGGAAAUAAUGUUUUCCUAGAUGUGGUUUUAGGAAAUAAACACAAUAGGGAUUUAAACAAAAUUAUACUAGAACUGUCUGUAAUUUUCCAUUUUGUACUUCUCCCUUAAUUCCUAGCUACACAGCCAUUUUACAACACAAAAAACUUGUGCUGGAAUAAAACAUCAUAAAG